GAUUUUGUUACUGCUCCUUUCAUUCGACGACAUCCCAGUUUCUAUUUGAUAUGGCGGCAAAUACUUGAAUGAAGAUUUGAAGAAGUCAAGCUUUUCGAAGCAGAAAGUUUGAUCAUGGACAAGAAAAUUUUGAGUUUAUUUGACGAAGGGACAGUGGCACCCCUGACUGAGCUCCUAACAGGAAUAUCAGAAAAUGAGUUAACCUCAUUGAUUAAUAACAGAGCUUUGAGGGGAAAGGGAGAUCCAGUUGCCUUGGUCAGAGCUAUAUUAUAUGGCUCUCCAUGUAUAAGUACAGAUAAUGUUCAACGAAGGUUAUUGGUAUAUAAAGUUUGCAUUGGCCUCCUGCAAGGCAAUGAGAUACAGUCAAAGGUAGCAGCAGAGCUUGUUGGACUGCUCAUGCUGGAAGUAGAUAACUUUCCAGGACGCAGUUUAGCAGAAUUAGCUGGAGACUAUGUGGAUUCAAUAAAAAAUGGUACUGCCAGUGGUGGAAAAUCACUUGAGUUGUUUCCAAAAGUGCUAUCAGCCAUAGCCUCUCAAGAAGUGAUAGCUUAUGCUGGAAAUGAAGUAAAGGGUCCUGAAUAUAAAAGUCACAUACUGAACACAAUGUGUGCAAGCAAGUGGGAUCCAAAAAGUGUCAUUCCCCUUGCUACCAUUUUUCGUGACAUCCCUGUCACAUCUGAUGAACUGCAGUUUCUCAUCAACAAAAUAAUGAGAAUGUUCAAGGAUGUGGAUUUUGAUGAACUGCCUCCCCUGGUUUAUCAGCUUUUACUGCUGUCUACAAAGGGCCAUAAACGUCUAGUGCUGGAGGGUAUAUCUAAAUUUUUUAUCAAGCAAGACAAAAUAAGUGAACAGAAAAGAAUAGGGCAAAAAGACGUGAUUGACCUGCUUGAAGAUGACAGCAUGACAGUUGAUCAGCUGAGACAGACAGAAGGCAAUAUCAUUUUACACAUCACAUUUGCUACCAAGCAAGACCAAGAGCUAGGCAGAGAGUUCAUUAAAUAUUUAAAGUCAAACCAACAGUGUUCUUCAGGGGAGGUCCUUGCACCUUUCAAUUUGGCAUUGGCUUUGUCAAUUGCAAGGAUUCACAGGUUUGAGGAACAAAUCUAUGAUUUUUUGAAAGCUGCUAUUCUGAGGAGUUUUAAGGACAGGGAAAGGCAGCAGGAGUCUUGGUGGGUGAGGGAGAUGGUGCCGGUGAAUGCAGAUGUGGCAGAAAUGGUGCUACAGACUGUCAAAAACAGCGUAUUUGGAUGGGACCAUGUAACACAGGGCCUAGUUCAGUUAGGCUUCACACUGAUGGAUGCAUAUGGACCUAAAUCUGCUUUUGGAAAGAUGGAGGUCAAAGCACAGUGUUCUCAUGUCACCCCAAGCCAAAAUGCUUGUAAUUUGGGAGCAAAAAUGCUACUGGAGACUUUCAAGGCUCACGAAGUUGUCAGAGGAGAAAUAUUAGAAGAGAUUCUCAAUAGAGUUAUCACAAAAGCAACUGCUCCUGUUUCCCAUUUUCUAGACCUCUUGUCUGCAACAGUAAGGUCUGCACCCCAGAUUUUACUGGAGUCCUUGCCGAAAGUGCGAGAGGCAUUUGACUACCUGUCAUUUCUGCCUGCCAGCACAGCCUUGGGUCUGUUAAAAGCUGUCCAACCCUUACUGAAACUGAGCGUCACUCUGAAAGACGCACUGCUACUGGUACUGAGAAAAGCCAUGUUUUCCAGACAAAUUGAGUCUCGCAGGAUAGCUGUUGGAGGUUUUCUGCUUGUUCUGAAGCAUUUUAAUGUUCUAGGAGGGCUUCCAUCCAGUCAAUGCAGCCAGGAAAUAUCAUCCAGUCAGGUUCAUGUUGAAGUGCAUUCAAGAUUCAACCAGAGCGGCAAUGAAGCGCUGUGCCUGGAAAUCUUGGGUAACUUGCGGAGGUGUCUCACCCAGCAGGCUGAUGUCAGGCUGAAUUUAUAUGAGGGUCUGUAUGAAGUACAGUGUAGAAACACCAAACUGGGUCAGCCAAUACUGGAGAUGCUGUUAAGCCAGUUAAAAAGAUAUUAUGAAAGUGCCGUGGAUGUUAAUCCUCCUCUGAAACUUGACUUGUGUAUCCAAGCCCAGGGAGACCAAGUUUUUCUAACAGAGCCACUGGCCCAUCUGAUUGCCUGUAUCCAGCAGUGUGUAUGUAAAGUGAGUGAAGUAAGAGGCCAGGAUGAAGAAGAAGAGGAAGAUGGAGGUGCUGAGUCACAGCUGGAGGACAUGUUAGAAUCCAUCACUUGCCGGAUGAUCAAGAGCGAAAUGGAGGAUUUUGAACUUGACAAGUCUGCAGAUUUCUCUCUGACCAGUGGAGUUGGUGUGAAGAACAAUAUCUUUGCCAUCCUUGUGUUAGGAGUGUAUGAAGUCUUGAUAGAGUACAGCUUCAGCACAGGAGAUUAUGGAGUGAAGAAAUUUGAAGAUGUAAUCAGGUUGUACCAGAACUAUCACACUUUAAGUGAAGUACUGAAGACGGCUGCUGGGGCAGGAAAGAAAGGGAAAGGAGCUGGAACCAAGACUGCAAGAAGCCUGCUUACCAUGAGAUUUGCAGUGCAAAUGCUGAAAGCUCUCUACAGUGAUUCCAUUCCAAGCCACCAAGAAAGUUUAGCAAUUCUGCGACAGAACACCGAUUUUGUAAAGUUUGUUGUGAAUGUUGCUAUGCAGAAGCUGCAGCAGAUAAAUGACCAGGGAAAAUGUGAUGGAGUGGAGGGAGAGAACAAGGAAAAACUUUUCACUUACUGCUGUACUAUGGCCAGGGUAUUUCUGCAAGAAUCUACCACCUACCUUGAAAGCCCUGGCAGAGAGAAUAAGAAGGAGAAAGGAAGACGACUAUCAGACAUGCACUUAGAGGCAUUUGCAACUAUUGUCAACAUCAUUUGUACUAGAUAUGAAGAAAAUCUGCCAGAAUUCCUACGAGCGAUAGACAUAAAUCUAGCUGGAGAUGCUGAAGACAUGGAUGAGGAAGACUUGAUGUACAUGCAUUGCAAGAAAAUUCAACGUCUUGUGAUGUGUGUGAUAGAGGCUGGUGAUGAGGAUGACCGGUCAGUCAAAGAUAUUAUACCUUUAAUAAACAUCCUGGGUCAACUGGGAAAACAUCUGAAACCUGACAGGGAGCAGUUUACACAGUUCCGUUCAUGGAUAAACAGACUCUGUGCUGAACAAAAUAUAGAUGAUGUGAGCGUGGUGAAGGUACUGCUCAGUCUGCAGUUUAAGAUCUUGUGCCAUGUAGAAGCCCUGCCUUCACUGAUCAGAGAUUUUUCUCAGGAUAUUCACAGCCAGCUUGGGGAUAUAGACCAGGAAGUCGAAGUAGAAAAGAGAACUCAUUAUGCCAUUGUGAACCAGCACACAGCUGCCCCCUGUGUACUAAACCUUGUCCUUCAUCAGAUAGAGAGUGAGUUAGAUCACACAGACUGGGUGAUCAGCAGACUCAAGGCAGAACUUCAGGCCAGUGUAGAUAGCAGUGCAGGUCUUACCCAGAGAGAAAGCCUCGAGAAGAAUGUAUGUGGCAGACUUGGUGUGUUCAUUACUGCCUUCCAUGAACUGGUGCAGUCAGCAGUGCCCCCUGGUGGGUGUGUAGAGGGACUGCUCAAAGAAAUCACCAAAAUGUAUGAAGUUUUGGCAGCCCUUACUAAGUUUUAUCUAAGCAUGUACACCCAAAGAGCAGGACAUAUGUCUGCCAGGUUUGAGAAGCUGGUCAAAUUAUCGGGGACAUACCUCACGCAGCAAGUCUAUGCUAUGAUCACAUUUAUACAGGCAUCCCAGGCAGAGCAGCUGCAGCAAGGAGGACCAAAGAAGGAUAAGAAAAAAAAUGGUUCAGCAUCUGUACAAGUUGGGAAGGCAAGAGUUUUGAAGGAAAGCAAGUUUAUUCCAAAUUUGAUUUUCUCCAUUGAACAAUAUGAGAAGUUUCUGAUACAACUGACAAAGAAGUCAAAAGUGAACCUAAUGGAGCACAUCAAGCUGACCACUUCUCGCGACUUCCGUAUUAACACAGCUGCUCUGGAGACAGCCAUGGAGCACCAGUCCAGCAGUGAUAAUGAUACAGAGGAGGAAAAUACACCUUCAGAGGAAGAUGAAGAAAAUGAGCCACCAAAUAAAAAAACAAAAGUAAUCAAAGAAGAUGGACAGGCAAAGAAACCAAAAUUAUCCAAGCUCAGCAGAGGGAAGAAGGUUGUGAAACAUUCAUCAUAAAGAAUUUUUAACUAUGCUGUCAAGAUUUUCUGUUUAAUGAUUAGCACAAUAUGUUUUAUAAUUAUUGUUUGUUAAUGAUUUGUAAUUAGCAAAAAAAAAAAAUGAUAUGGGAUAUUGUAUGCUUUUAAACAGAUUUUAAUUCAAAUCAUCUGUGAAGUACUGAAAUAGCAAAAUGUUGAAUUAUAUGGACUUGUUAUAUCAGCAUUGAUAACUCUCAACAGCACAUUGUUUGUACUUUAUCAGUUGUAUGCAGUUGUUGAUUUAAAAAGUAAACCCAGUGCCACAUUGAUAUAGAAACUUACAAUUGUUAUUAAACAAACUUAGAACAUGAACUGUUAUGAUCUUGAAGUAAAAUGGCUCAAGAUUUAAAUUCGGUAUCAUUUAAAUACCUAUCCCUGUUUCUUUACCGAAGUGAUUCCCAGUCCUAAAAUGCACCAGAGAAAAUUUAGAACAAGUAAAUUGGUCUGAAGUAUGACCUCAAAAGUUCAAAGUAUUUCCCCAUAUUUCUUUGCUUUAAAUGGUAAAACCAGUGGCAGAAAUUAAAAAUGAUUGUGGUAAUAAUAUGUGAAAGGAGUACCUUAUGGACUCGUGAAACUUUCUGACUUCUGUUACGUAGAUAGAUAUUCGAUUCGUUUUUCAAAAAUAAAAGUGGCCCU